AUGCUGGAAGGUAUGGAUAGCCGUAACAACCUGCAGGUGAUCAAGGCGAAAGUACCAUUGAGCGAAAUGGAGCUGACCAGCCAGAAGAAAGAAGAAAAAGAACUGAGCGGCGAGCUGGGCCUGACGGGCAAUUGGGGCAAUGCCCAACCGGAGUACAGCCAGCAGGAGAACAACUAUUAUGAACUCAGAGGCCGUGUAGAAACCAAGAUCCACGACCUGCCGGUGAGCAUCGAAGGGUAUUAUACCACGCAAGACCGCAACCGCCCGAUCAAGGGCAGUUACAUCCGCCUGCAUUAUGAUGCCGACAAAGCCAAAGAAGAAUUGCUGGGCCUGGUCGGCGGCUUUAAAAACCGCUUUUCGCAAACCCUGUCUAAAGGCAAGGGACUGGAACAAGUAUAUGGCAGUUACCUGGACCGGCUGAACCAGGAAAAGGCAAACACCCUGGCCGGACUCAAAAAAGAAACGGGCCUGAGCGACAUCAACACCAGCCUGCUGGAUACCACCGGCCUGCAACAACAGAUCCUUUCCAAACUCCAAGCAACGGUCAUCGACAGCACGGGCGCCGAUAGCAGCCAGGUCGUAAGCAACGCCCGCAGGGCGCAGGAGCGUGCCACCCGCCUGGCCGAUUCGGCCACCCGCAUCUACCAAAAAGCCUUACAGCAAUACGAGCGCCUGGUAACGCUCGAACAACAGGCCCGUAAAUACGCCGGCCUGGUAGCCCAAUACCGUAAUACCAAUUAUUUUGAUUCUACCCUUGGUUAUGCGCAGCUGCAAGACCUGGAACACGCCGACGGCGCUACUUACAAGCAACUGGCACGUAAAGCCUCGGGCCUGUUACCGGAAGGCAAAGUGAAACGUUUUGCCACGGGACUGACCAACCUGGACUUAGGGAUAUUCCCCAAAGAAGUAUCACGUUAUACGCUGUCCGGCCAGCAGCUUAAAGGGCUGGACGUGGGUUACGACCUGGGCUUCUGCCAGGUAGGGGCUACGUAUGGCAGCACCGAAUUUGCUGGUCGGGAUGGCAGCCUGGAUAAGUACACCGCAUACUCGGGCCGGGUUUUAUUUACUCCACUAAAAGAACAAAAAGUAAGCCUGGUCUACUAUGGUUAUAUGCCGUCGGGCCGGACCUUAUCGCAGGAUACCUUUUUCAAAAAUAUGGACCUGGCCCUGCCUUCGUUCCGCGAACCGGUGCAUAUUGUAUCGGCAUCGUAUGAAGGAACGAUCGGGCAGUAUAUCAAACUGGAUGGGGAAGUAGCCACCUCGCUGCGCAAUGGAGACGGCCAGCUCAAAGAGCAACUGAACAACGACAAGAUUGCCUGGCGGGCGCAGGCCGAAGGGCAGAUCCCCAGGACGGGCAUCCAGCCUUAUACCACCUUCCGCAGUUAUAAUGAUACGCUGGCUAUCCCGCAACGACCACUAACCGGCUCGGUAUGGACAGGUCGUGCCAACUAUCAAUGGAAGCAGACGGGUGGCCGCUCCUGGCGUUUUUCGGCCAUCUAUAACAAGAGUACUUCUACGAUGGAUACCAGCAGCUAUGGCAGCAACCUCUUACAGCUAAACAUCAACUACAGCACCAAGACCUGGAUGCUGAUGGGCAGUGCGGGCAAUAUGGACCAGUCGAUAAACGGCGGUGUGGUAGCAGAAGCGCCGGCGCAUAUGCGCACGACGUUCGGGAUGCUAUCGGGCAGUUAUACGCUGGAUGCGCAAGACCAACCUGACGGGUGGUGGUGA